AAGGCGCUCGUGGAGCUCGUGGCCGACCGUGUCUCUCGCUUCCACGCGACCGGCGGAUUCGAGCGCCGCAGUAUGCAUGGCAGCCAGGACCGUUCCGUCGUCUACCACACCCUCGUCACAACCGGCCCGGGCGCUCUCACCGACGCGGCGCGCAACCACCCCGCCGCCUUCGCAAAUGUGACGCGGCUUCCGCUCUCCGUCCUCUGGCGCACCGUGCGGCACGCUUCGAUGCACUCGUGGCACCCGGGCCUCUCGUACGCGCCGGGCGCCCCCGCGCCGACGCCCGCGGCGGAGGGCGAGCCCCCGCGUGCCGCACUGGCACCGACCCGCAAGGACCGUAAGGACCGCAAGGACCGCAAGGACCGCAAGGACCCCAAGGACCACCCCUCGCACCACCUCCACCCGCACCACUUCGUCGUGGCGAAGGACCACCCCCACCACCACCACAACCGACACUUGCGCGAGAACCACAAGAACGACCUCCACGCCGAGCGCAUGACGCAGCAGUACCCGGACCGGGGGCGGAGGAGCAAGCAGCAAGGCCAAGGGCGGAGGAGCGCCACGCCAUUUGUUGUUUGUUUGAGAUUCAGAGAGACAGAGAGAUGUUAGCAAUACUCACACAUCAUUUGGCUUUUGGGGCCUGGAGCCCCCGGAGACUGCGCUUUAAUAUGGUUCAUGGUUGUUUAAAGU